GAGCGACCCCCCCACUCCCCGUCCUGGCAAACACUUUCCUCUUUCUCAUCAUCCUGUGCACCCCUUAUGCCUCAACUUUCUCACUCCAGCAGAACCUCUGCCAUCGACACUCUUACUUGCCUCAGCCCCAAGCACCUGGACUCACUUCCGUCAACUGCAUCCGCACUGUUCUCUACCUCCACUACUGGCCACUGUACUUGAAUCUCAGAAAGCUUUCCGUCGAUCCAGAAGACUGUCCAUUUUCUUUUUCAGGAUUUCAUUAUCCCAAUGACUCUUGUUCAAACUCAAACCAUUUGUGGGACCCUACACCUGGAUACCAGUAUGACAGGGUACAACCAACUCAAGCAAUCCGUCAGGACCAAGGCAGGAUCCGCCAGGUAUAUUGUUAUUUCCUUCUUCGUGCUUGAAAGUUUUUGGUGUUUUACGAGCAGAAUCAUGUCGUCCGAAAGCAAUGUUACCAGAGACUUUUUUUUUGCGCAACAUCUCCGACUGCCACAGGAAAUAUCCGGACCAAAAUCACUUGCCCGGGAAGAUCCCAAAGGUUCCAUUCUCCCAGGUCACAGCCUAACCAGGCAUUCGUCAUGUGACCAGUCCACCUGUGACAUAUACCUUAUAUUAUCAGAAAGGUCAAGUGUGAGUAUCGCCCUACCCAAUCAACGACAACUCCAGAGUGUUCCUUACAAGGACUCCCAUUGGAUAUGUAAUCUGGACUGUACGGAUCAUCUAAAGGCUUUCAGCGUGAUAGCCUCCGGCUGAAUCACGUGCGACUUUCCUGGAUUCGAACCGAGUGGAACUGGUCUUGGCUGCUACAUGCUACAAGCAUCAUGUCAACUUCAUAGGAACGCCACCACCAACCUAUAUCUGUGUAAAUACACCUUACUGUCCUGUUCUGACAUCGACAUGGCCAUGUUGAUCUACUCGUCUCCUACUUGAGAUGACUUGCAUCCGCGAUGGAACUUUGCAUACUCGACACUGCCAAGGACGUUGAAGCUCAGCUACCCAGGACAUCUGGCAUUUCUCCCAAAGAAAGGCCAUUAACCCACGGAUAUGUUGUAAUCCAUGUCUGUCACUUUAGACAGCCUUCAAGUCGCCUUCGACUAGGAUUGACCGUCCCCAGCCGGCGACACAUGGUCAUCAGGGCAUUUAUUCAUGCCAAUGUAAUAGACGCCAUCAUCCCUGGACAUGGAAUUUAUCUCCGUUGAAGGACCCAAUGGAACCUAGCAUGAAUCUUGUUCGAUCCAUGGAACCUUGCCUCUAGCCAUCCAACUUUUGAGAUAGUAGGACUCUGCCACCUUGUCUGGACACCCCAUACCAAGGUACCCCUUGUUGGUCUGUAGUCACUUAUGAUCCCACCUAGACGUGAAUAUCAACUGACAAUUCCUGUUCUAGGCUUGUUGAUAAGAUGUUGUGCUCGUUACUUUUUGUUCCUUUUUUGCGUUGCAGUUGAUUUUUAAAACAUAAGUGGAAGCACAGAACACUAACCCAAAUAUCCAACAGCGGUUUUUCUCUCCAAAAUGGACCACAUUUCUCCCAUGGACUGCCUGGAUUUUCUUUGAACCAAACAGAACCUACCCAGGGUCAAAACAGUGGACAUAUCUGGAAGGUUGAAGGUCAACAGUACUUGCACCAAGAUCCAGUUGCAUCCCAAGGCACUACCCAGAAUGGACUUUCUGAUUCUUUCAACUCUUUCCAUGAUACCCAGGAGAGCAAGACAGGUCAAUAUGAUGGCCGUGGCUCAUUUUCAGGCUCCACCCGGAGCCAAUGGAACAGCGAGCUUGCUCCUCACCUGGAGGCCGUGGCAAUGUCCCGGAAUGCCUCCCAGGAUUCUAUCGGAGCUCAAUCCCAAAGGACUACUAACUCAUAUGAUCAAAGCCAAUCAGCGAGGAUGUACCCCAAUGUUUCCCAGAUGUCAUACCACAUGUCUUCUGCAAGCUCAGAAGUGACAGGCAGGUCCAACAGUCCUGAAAGCUCUGCUAUGUAUACUCCCACACAACAGAUGGAAAUGCAAGUAUUCGACAAUUUCCCAUAUCCAGGAGAGGACUUUUCGGGGGCCCACCCCAUGUUUCACAGAGGAUCAACAACCAGCAGUGUCACGACACACCCUAUUGUCUCAUUAUCUGCAGGUCCUUCUUACGGUUUGUACUCGACCGCUGGUAGCGAGUCCUUUGUACCGACAGGAUCAAACUCCAUUGCAGCCCAAGGUCCAGUUCCGAGAGACUCUAUGAUGUACCAGGCAGGUACAAUCUUGGAGUCUCCCACACUGUGGGACAACGGCCCCGGGUAUCUGGAUUCUCAAAGAUCAUCCCCUAUUCUCCUUGAAGAUCCAUGGACCCUUCCCCCAACCCAAUUGGCGACAUCUGCAACAAACAGUCCUUUCGAACACUCACCGAGUGUAGAAGGCAUAUCUCCUAGGGUAAUGAGAAAACCUAUUGGACCCCGAGCUUCCAAGGUCAACAGUGACUUGGCUGCCAGAGGUCAACGCCUCCCAGGAACUUCUGAGGCUUCUGAUGAGUCCUUCAAGUUGGGCGGCCGCCCCAAUGUGGAUCUGGACAAUACUGCCCGAGACCAUCACCUAUACCACAAUGUCACUCCACAAGCUGAUGGACUGUACCACUGCCCAUGGGAAAAGGACCCUCAAUCCAAUUGCCAACACAAGCCCGAGAAGCUCAAGUGCAACUACGACAAAUUUGUCGAUUCGCAUCUCAAGCCAUACAAGUGCAAGGUUACCGCCUGCAAGGAUCUCCAGUUCUCAUCCACCGCAUGCUUACUCCGUCAUGAGCGUGAGGCUCAUGGUCUCCAUGGCCAUGGCGACAAGCCCUUCUUGUGCACCUAUGACAGCUGCGAGCGAGGACUUCCUGGAAAUGGCUUCCCACGCCACUGGAACCUGCGUGACCACAUGAAGCGUGUCCAUAAUGACCCAGGACAAGCUCAGAGUAAGAGCAAUGCAUCUGCAUCUCCGCCACCAUCUGGAAGCAUCAAAAAUAAGAAGCGUAAGGCUGACAGUGUUGAAUCAUCCGUCAUGUACAAGGCUCCAAAGAGGAUUUCCACACCCCCUGCUGUCAUACGUCAGCCACAGGAACCCAGCUUGAUUGAUCGUUACCAGGAGAAGCACCAGGCGCUCCAGGAUCUCGUGAAUCAGCUUGUUGACCCCACACGUGUGGACAACAUAUCAUUGCUCCGCAAUGCAAUGGAUUGUAUCAAGGUAAUGGCCCAGACCACCCAGCGUAUCAAUGCCGCUCCAGUCAUGGGACAACACAUGUUCACCCAGCAAUCCGGCUGAAUGACCGAUAAUAUUUCUACUUGACGCAACAAACUUCACAAUCUGCAAGACGGAGAUGGCCACUUCGAUCCUAGACAUAUUACGGAGACAGUACAGCGUUCCCAGUCGCGUACCUCCCCCACAGGAUAUCGACAGUUUCAAGUCAUGUACCAGUCAUGCACACAAACCAUAGGAUACAGCCAUAGGAACAAGCCAUGGACGUUGUUUUGCCGAGGACAUUUGAUGCCGGAUAUACAGCCGUGGACAAGCCCUAUGGAUUGCAUGGACCGUUGCCAGGACUUUGAGCCGUAUGAGCUUUGAUGCCGGAUUGCUUGCAUUACUGUUCCAUGCUGGGGUGAUGAUGAGGAUGACAGUGGCUUGCGCUCGCAUCAGAUAUGAGGAGGAGAAAGAGGAGAAAGAAAGAAGAAGAAGAAGGGUGGAAUGCUCAUCAGAGUAUCGCUCGGUUGGGUUUUGAUUCUGUUGUUGCUGCCUUAUUAGUCCUUGAAUAUUGUUAUGAAGAGGAGGCAUAGUGAGAUUUAAUCGUUGGGGAGGUGGGUAGCGCGGAAAUUCCGAGGAUUUUCGUCGCAAUGUGGAGGAAAAAGUUGGUUGGUUAUAGCAUAGUUUUAUAUAUAGCAUGGAAUUCACCUUCGUCGCAAUACAAUCUCAC